UCGUGUCACCCUUUAAAUUCUCAAAUUCACCACCAGCGUCUCCAUAGAAAGAUCCCACAGUAACAAAAAAACAAAAAACAGAGGAAAGCGUCAUGGACUUCAGGGUGAUGAAUUUGGAUUCUCCUUUGUUCCACACUCUGCAUCAAAUGAUGGACCUAGCAGACGACAAGACUUUGAAUGCUCCGACACAGUCUUACGUUCGGGAUGCGAAGGCAAUGGCUACAACUCCUGCGGACGUGAAAGAAUAUCCACACUCUUACGUGUUCGUGAUCGACAUGCCAGGAUUGAAAUCUGGGGACAUAAAGGUUCAGGUGGAAGAUGACAACGUGCUUCUCAUAAGCGGUGAGAGGAAGAGGGAAGAAGAGAAAGAAGGGGCCAAGUAUCUGAGAAUGGAGAGAAGGGUUGACAAAUUUAUGCGAAAGUUCGUGCUUCCCGAGAAUUCCAACACCGAUGCCAUCUCUGCUGUGUGCCAAGACGGGGUGCUCAGUGUCACCGUGCAAAAAUUGCCUCCUCCUGAGCCUAAGAAACCAAAGACUAUUCAGGUUAAGGUUGCUUGAGAUUGUUGAAUUUGAAGAACCAAACAGUGCGUAUGUUUUCUUUUAUUAGAGUGGGAAGGAUGAGGAGAGUGCCUCUGUUAUAGGCAGAGAGUUUUUACUUUAUUUUUUAUUUUAUUUUCGUGGUCGUAACUUGUAAGGCUUUUAUGGUUUGGUUCUGUGUUCUUAUUGCAAGGAAAUUGUGGCUUUGGUUGUGAUUUGUGAUAUAAGAAUGUGAUGAUAUAUUACUCAA